AUGCACUUAACAGGUUGGCCUCGUGGAACAGCCGAAAAAUUUUUGCAUCCCGCACCUGCUUCUAAGACAAUAACUUUAUAUCCUCUGAAAAGCUACAGUUUUGGGACAAAAGAGCCCAAUUAUGAGCGUGAUCGCAGCGUGCCGGCACGAUUUCAACGCCUCCAAGAGGAUUUUGAGAAGUAUGGAAUGAGGCAUUCUGUAGAGGGUGUUCUUUUGGUCCAUGAGCACAACCUUCCUCACGUACUUCUCCUCCAGCUUGGGACGUUUUUCAAGCUUCCUGGUGGUGAACUGCACCCUGGCGAGGAAGAAAUGGAGGGUCUAAAGAGAUUACUCUCGGAUAUGUUGGGGAGGACAGAUGGAGUGCCAGUGGAAUGGACUCCAGAGGAGUGUAUUGGUAAUUGGUGGCGACCGAAUUUUGAGCCUCCGCGCUAUCCCUACAUCCCUGCUCACGUGACGAAGCCCAAGGAGCACACGCGUCUCUACCUGAUUCAGCUGCCCGAAAAGACACUCUUUGCAGUGCCAUCGAACUACAAAUUGGUGGCGGCACCGCUGUUUGAACUCUUCGAUAACUCUCGCGCUUACGGACCCAUUAUCUCAUCUCUUCCGCAAGUUCUUAGUCGAUUCAACUUUGUUUACAACGAUUAA